UUUGUUUGCAAAGGCGACUCGAUUCAAGGAGAGUCGACGGCGCGCGCGGACGACAAAAUCAAUUCGCGUUACAUCAUCACUCCGCUCUCUGUUUACAUUGUCGAAUGGCAAAACGAGCGUCAAGCAGUUGCGGUUCAGCAACUAUGGAAGAUAAAACGAAGACGCAACGUCCGGGGAAGUCCCGAAUGCGGAAAAAAAAACAACAAAAUGUUGGGGAAAAUUAGCAACAGAAAACCGGAGCGUUCUAUGACUGGCAGAGAGCGUUAAUCGAUCGGACGGAACAACGCAAAACUGUCCAUUCGCGGCGACCUUUUCCAAUCCAUUAACCGGGAACAGUAGCUGUCCGCAAAACGCGAAAAAAAAACCACCGAGGAUGCAGAAGAGAUUGCAUCAAACGACAAAAGGUGAUUGAAUCAGCGAUCAUCAUCGAUAAUGAUCAAAUUCUUCUUUCUGCUGGGAUUGUGUUGCUGUUGUUGUCUUCUGGUUGAAGUCAGGAGCAAGGUCUUCAGUCCGGAAGAAUUCGGUGAAGUGAUGAGGAACGCGAGCGGAGUGAACGCGUCGCACAUCGAAAUUUGGAAAUGCCUCGUCAAAUGGGAGUCCUCCUUCGACACAGCUGCACACAACACAAAGAGCGGUGACCACGGAAUCUUCCAGAUCAACGAGAAAUGGUGGUGCUCACCUCCAGGUAAAUACUGCCAGGUUGCGUGCGUUUCGCUGAGGGAUGACGAUAUCACCGAUGACAUCGAGUGCGCUUUGAGCGUCUACGAUGAGCACGAGAGGAUCUCCGGGAACGGAUUCAGAGCUUGGCACGGAUACACCAAACACUGCAUGAAUGUCACGGCGGCCGAAGAACCUGAGCUCGAUUUAAAAGAAAACGAAACGAUUUGAAUAUGCAUUUCUUUUAAUAAUCAAUAAUAAAAACUGUUCAUAAACGUUCUCAAUAAAACUGCUUAUUAUCAA